AUGGCAGAUUUUGUGUUGCUUACCACAGCGGUGAGCUGGCUGCCGGCGCGGCAGAAGGCAGAAAUAAUAAUAAACCAAACUCCAAACUCAGUGCUUCAAGUUCAGUCUUAUAUUGAGGACAGAAAAUUUCUCAGUAUGCAUCUUGUUAUGAAGAGGAACAAACAAAUGCACAAUGCUAAAUAUUGUCCUUUUUGUUUAUUUUUCAGAUUAGCACUGUACGUAUAUGAAUAUCUGCUCCAUGUAGGAGCACAGAAAUCAGCCCAGACGUUUUUGUCAGAGAUAAGAUGGGAAAAAAACAUCACACUGGGGGAGCCCCCAGGAUUCUUGCAUUCCUGGUGGUGCGUGUUUUGGGAUCUCUACUGUGCAGCUCCAGAAAGACGAGAAACAUGUGAACAUUCAAGUGAAGCGAAAGCCUUUCAUGACUACAGUGCUGCAGCAGCUCCCAGUCCAGUGCUAGGAAACAUUCCCCCAGGAGAUGGCAUGCCAGUAGGUCCUGUACCACCGGGGUUUUUUCAGCCUUUCAUGUCCCCUCGGUACCCGGGAGGUCCGCGGCCACCGUUAAGAAUACCCAAUCAGGCACUCGGAGGUGUCCCAGGAAGUCAGCCAUUGUUGCCUAGCGGGAUGGACCCAACACGGCAGCAAGGGCAUCCAAACAUGGGUGGGCCAAUGCAGAGAAUGACCCCUCCAAGAGGAAUGGUUCCGUUAGGACCACAGAACUAUGGAGGUGCAAUGAGACCCCCACUGAAUGCUUUAGGUGGCCCGGGGAUGCCUGGAAUGAACAUGGGUCCUGGGGGUGGUAGACCUUGGCCAAACCCAACCAAUGCCAAUUCUAUACCUUAUUCUUCAGCAUCUCCUGGGAACUAUGUAGGUCCUCCAGGAGGUGGAGGGCCACCAGGAACACCUAUCAUGCCUAGUCCUGCAGAUUCAACCAACUCUGGAGACAACAUGUACACUUUAAUGAAUGCAGUACCACCUGGACCCAACAGACCCAAUUUUCCAAUGGGGCCAGGGUCAGAUGGACCUAUGAGUGGACUGGGUGGAAUGGAUUCGCAUCAUAUGAAUGGAUCAUUAGGCUCAGGAGACAUGGACAGUAUUUCCAAAAACUCUCCCAGUAAUAUGAGCAUGAGUAAUCAGCCUGGCACUCCCCGGGAUGACGGUGAGAUGGGUGGAAACUUCCUAAACCCUUUUCAGAGUGAGAGCUACUCCCCUAGCAUGACAAUGAGUGUGUGAUCCGUUAACAAGUCUCGCCAUGAAGACCACAGUGAGUUGGCCCUCUUCAGAGAGCUACUGCAGAAGAAAAUUAUUCGUCCCAGUGUACAGUUUAACAAAAGGAUCUCAGACACAAUCAGACCCACCUUUUCUUUCUUUUAUUUUUUUUUUUAUUUCUACCAUCUCCCCCGUUUUGUCAAGACAGUGGGUCCCAAACAUGAUUGAGGCAACUGUAAAAAAGUGGCGUAACAGAACUGCCCAAGAUGGAACUGCAAACAAUUAUCUGUGUAUGUACACGUGUGGGUUCAAGUAUAUGUAUGUGUGUGUGACACAGAAAUACACACAUACAUAUACAGACCCACGAGACAUUGUAAAAUAUUCUCACAUGACAUCUUAAGUAGAAAUGAGAAGUAGGGACUUUUAUUCCAUCUUUUUUUUUUUUUUCCCACGUUUACAUUUUAAUUAUUAAAAUUUACUUUCCCUCUCCCCUCCUGAACUGUUUUACGUUGCAUAUAUCACUGCUUUAUAAGUUAUUUUUUAAGGUGAACUCAAAUGAUAAAUUCUUCUUAUUUUGUAGAUGUCUGCCAUUAUGGUUAGGAAUAAAAUUGCUUACAGGAGCUUUCAUUAACUUGUGUUUGAUAGCAGUUACCCUGUGAAUCACAAACUGUACUGUCUCAAGAAAUAGAAGAAAGCUCAUCUUAAUUUUUUGGAGAAAUUUAAUAAUUUUCACCUAGUUUGGUGAUUUUUUUUUUUAUACUUUGCCUUUAAAAAAAG